UGGUCAGCAGCUCUGAAUGACCUCAGCGCUGCUCCCUCCGCACCGGCACCCUCCGCUCUGCUGCAGUAUAAAGUCUGCUGUUCGUCCUCAGCCUCCACCCUCCGGACCCAAACACACACAACUUGUACCUGAACUCACACCGAGGUAAAAAGAAAAAAAAGAAGACAAAUGACAAUGACCGACCUGGAGACCUCGAUGGCGACCAUCAUCGCCGUCUUCCAGAAGUAUUCGGAAAAAGAAGGAGACAAACACAAACUGAAGAAGAGCGAGCUGAGGGAUCUGCUUCACGACGAGCUGCCGGAUCUGAUGGGGCAUGUGAAAGACCAGGCCACGCUCGACAGCCUGAUGGAGAGCCUGGACACCGACGGCGACGCCGAGUGCGACUUCCAGGAGUUCAUGACAUUCAUCUCCGUGGUGACCGUCUGUUGCCACGAGUUCUUCGAGCAUGAGGACGAGUGAAGGAGGAGGAAGAGGAGGAGGAGGAGGAGGGGGAGGAGGCGAGCGGGGAGACAAAAAGGGGGAGUUACAGUAAAUUAUAAAGGAGAAGAAGAAGCCUAGCAACGCACAACCUGCGGGUGCCGUCGACGCAACGCAGGCUGGGAAACACUCGACUCCAGCCAGCAGCAUUAGUGCUGCUGGCUCCAACAGUCCACACUAGCAGCUUAAACCAGCCGUUUGACUCCAGUCUAAACAUGUAGGUGACUCUUAAAGUCACAACAGCCACUUUAAAAACUAGCCACGGAUUUCUAAAAGCAGUUUCUUUCACGACAUUUUGCACGUCAGACGCCGGCUGGCUGCAGAAAUUUGCAAGUUUUUGUACUCUUAAACAGCCACUUUAGCACAAAUCCCAUUCUACAAAUCAAACAACCGAGGAGCUACAUUUAGGCCACCAAUGUGUGCAAACUAUCAAUCCAUAAUUUUAGUUUUUUUCUGGUGAAAAGGGCCAGUAAGUUUGUCAGCACUUCCCAUGAUAACCACUUUGUUUAAGAGAUUGUGGCUCAUAUAUUUCACAUGUGGAUAUAUGUUGCUCGAGCAGCCUGCAGCGAGACGUUUUUGUCAGAUCUCGUAGCCACUUUGGCCACCAAUUAUUUCAUUUGCACGUAAGCAUAUCUGGGGACAAAAAGCCGGUGCAAAUCUACCAUAUCCAAAAUUCAUCAAGUAAAAAUUCCACCACAAUUUUCCCGACAUUUUUCGCCAACACAGAAAUCAUGUCGUAUUAGUCCCACGCAAAUAUCCGCUUUUAAAUGAUUUGGGGUUGCUUUUAGGGUUUCUUCUUUUUACUGCGUCUUUUUUUCUGCUUCCUUUUCAAGUCAAGAAAUAUGGAGGCUUUUGAUUGGAGGCGGUAAUUUAAGGCCUAGUCCACAUGUACACGUUUUUUGUUUUUUGUUCUAUUCGUUUUGGCCUUUUGGCCACAUGCAAACUUUUGCUUUUUAGGUAACUUAAAAGCAACAUUUUGCAAAAAUGGUAAAGAUUUUCAGAAACUGUUUUCAGUGUGCAAAUACUCACUCAAGUACAGAUGCUCGGUCAGUGGCACACAUUUAAACUAUAACGCCCUGGUGCUCCUCCAGCGUUAGUUCGGAGGCUCAGGGGCGCUGUGUUUUUUUAACCUCUUUAAAUGCAUUGUGACUUUUCAAAAUAAAGUCAGGACGUGUGUGUACUUCCUGAGGUUCAGGCAACAAAAGCAUGUGUUAGGUUUAGGAAACAAACAUCAGGAUACUACAAAUACUAGCACACUACCAGUAAAGCAGGAACGACGGGCCCUCGUGCACGCUCUUAUGACGGCCCUCGUGCACGCUCUUAUGACGGCCCUCGUGCACUCUAUCGAGUACAUAUCAUUUAGUCAUAUUAUCAAAUCCAGACUGGACAACCUCAGCAUGCAUACUGACCAUAGUCUGUCUGUCCAGAUGAGCCCCCGCUACGCUCAAGUAACGCUAAAAUAUUCCAGAUACAGACGCUGCCAUCGUGCACCGGUGGCGUCAUUCGGAGCCAGAGUCUGCGCGGAGAGUUCCCGCCAAAACAGCCGCCUGUCCAAAGGCGAGCAGCGACAUUGACUGCAGGCGCACAGAUUGGCUGUCGCAGCUGCUUUUUGCAGAACCGAAUAACUGAAUAAAACCAAACUUAUCGUAAAAACGCCUGAACAAACAUCGGAGUGAUGAGAACUACCUUCAGCGUGAGAAACUAUCUUUGGAAAAAAAAUGCGGCGUGUACUUUGAGUUUUUAGUUUGGCCUACUCACUAACAUGGAGGGGCGACAUUCAAAAAUUACAUUUUGGGGGAACUGACAUGUUGUCCAUCUGUAUAUACUAUCUCUAAUAAUGGCCAUAUAUAAAUGACAAAAAUAGCAGAGAAAAUCUGAAAUGAUUUGUUAAAUUCAUUUUUUUGUCUUGUGCAUGUUUGGUUAUAGAUUUCUACGGACUAUUUUACGAUAUAUCACAGUGCGUCCGAUACGCCGUCUUCUUCUUCGCUGGCUUUAAUUACAGUCCUAUCGUUGCCCGUUUUUCUGGCGAGCUCUUGGCAGCGCUUCAGUUGUGUUUUUGCAUUUUUAUUUGGAUUUUUUUUUUAAAGGGGAAGAAAAACCUGUAUUCAUGUGGACUAGGCCUCAUUUACACCGGAUCCCCUGGUAAUACGAGUCCAGCUCAUAAACGGCCUUCAAUGCACCUGUUUGUUUAAAAAACCUGUUGACUAUCAAAUCUUAGAAGUGACUUGUAAGUUUGGUCUUUGGCUAGUAAAAGUUUGAAAACGGCUUGUGAGUUUUAGUUCAUCUAGAGGCCACUUUAUAGGAGCUGACCAACUUUUAGACAAAAUCCUAAAAAUCUAGCUGACUAUCAAAUACUGAGUGAUUCGUAGUUUAGUCUUCACGUUAAUAAACUGUAAAAUAUUGAAAACUGCUUCUGAGUUUUUUACAUUAGCGUCCAGUUUGGUAGAAAACUUUCUUUUGUAGGUCUUUUUGGAGACGCUUCAUAGUUGGUAGACAAGUAAUCAAUUAUUUGAGUCAUUUCAAAUGUGUAGCUGGCUGCUAAAAUAAUCAUAUAAUUUUCCUAAUUAGUGGCCACGAUUGUCUUUAGGAAACUAUUCAGCCUGCAAGAAUAGAAAAUACAGUUUCACACUCAUGCAAAGAGCUUAUGACGAUAGGUAUGAACAUGUUUGUUGCAGCAGGCGGAGCACUUUUGUUUUUGAUGAUGUGUAUUUUGAAACGCUGAGCGCUGGUGUGUUUGGAUGUCGGCGAUAUGACAUUAAAUUAUCGAUGUGUGA